CAAAAGCUUCUUCUAACAGUGAUACUCCUACUUCAAAAUGUGAAAGAACUCUAUGACACUAUAAGGGAACUAAACAUGGUGAGCAAAUUCUCUCUGCAAAAGUUCUAUGGAAGUGACGAAGACAUAAGAUUCUGGACUGGAUUUCCAUCACAUUCAAGUCUACUGUAUUUCAUUGACCACUUUGUGUUGCCCAAUGCUAUGAAAAUAAAAUACUGGAGUACACAUUAUAGGGUGGAUGAAGAAGAUGGACUACAUGAUAGGGAUAGAUGUGGACCUAGAAGGAGUCUGAGACCAGAGGAAGAACUCUUUCUUACCCUUAUUAAGUUAAGAAGAGGCUCAGCAAAUGAAGAUCUGGCUGAGAGAUUCAACAUCUCCUCCUCACAUGUAUCAAGAAUUUUUAUUACAUGGGUUAAUUUCCUGUAUCGCUUACUUACAACAAUUGACAUAUGGAUGAGUCACAAGAAGGUGAAAAGGAUGCUCCCUCAGUCCUUCAAAGGCCUGUAUGAUGAUGUGAUUGUUGUACUGGACUGUACAGAAAUGGAGUGUGAAAGACCAUCAGACCUAGAGUUACAAGCAGCGACAUAUUCUAGUUACAAAAGCCGUAAUACUGUUAAAGGACUUGUUGGUAUUUCACCUAAUGGAAUACCAACAUUUGUUUCUGAUGCAAUGGAAGGAUCAGUGUCAGACAAUGAUAUUACAGUAAAAAGUGGUCUACUGGAAAAGUUGCCAAAGGGUUGUGCCAUCAUGGCAGAUCGGGGCUGGACAAACAAGGAUGCUCUGGCUAGACAAGGAGUUCGACUUGUCACACCUUCAUUUCUAAUGGGGAAAAAGCAGUUUGAUUUACCUUCCCUUGUAGAAUCAGUAGCUAUAGCAAGAGUCAGAAUUCACGUAGAGAGAUGCAUGGGGCGUAUCAAACAAUGGAAAAUUCUAAAGCACACCUUACCACUAACCGAGUGGAGAAUCAUUAACCACAUUUGAAAGGUCUGUGUCUACCUUGCGCUAUUCUGGCCGCCACUUGUUGAUGACCUUUCAGAAGAGUAGCUGUCAAUGUUUUUGAAAGCACCACAGGUCUUCAAAAACUGAGCUACUGGAAAUUUUUGUAGUGAGCUUGAUAAUAAUGGCGG